GACGCGCUGACCCAACAUGGCGAGGCUCCGGAGCGAGUACGGAGCUCAGGAGUCCGGCCGCUUUUAACCGAGAAAAUAGCCUCUGCUUCCGUCUUUACGAUGUGGUGGGGUUAGCCAGAGCCGCCAUACGCACUGCCUUUAGACCAUGUUGGCAGAGGCCAGUCUGUCCAUCUGGGGAUGGGGGGGCCUUGGAGUUGUGCUGUUCCUCGUCACCUUCGGACCUUUUGCCAUAUUCUACCUGGCCUUUUAUAUUUUUUGCUUUAUUGGCGGGGGUUUUGUGGUCACUUUGCUUUAUGGAAAGAUAAACUCGGAGAAGCACCUGGAAAAGUGCGAGCACUCGUACUUGGCACCAACACAAAUUGGUAUUGUGAAGACACUGGACGAGAUGAAACUGGAGAUAAAACCUAUAAAAAUUGACAGGAGACUGACUGGUUCCAGUAUAAUCGAUGAACCGCUACAACAGGUGAUCCAGUUUGCAUUGAGAGACUACAUCCAGUACUGGUACUACACUCUGAGUGAAGAUGAGUCCUUUUUACUGGAGAUCAGACAGACGCUGCAGACUGCCCUCAUCCAGUUCUCCACACGGUCCAAAGAGGUGGACUGGCAGCCUUACUUCACCACUCGCCUGGUGGACGACUUUGCCACCCAUUUACGUGUCUUUAGAAAAGCCCAGGGUCGCCUCGCUGACAGAGAGGACAAGCAAAGGGACAUAACCGAGGAGCUGGUUGAGUCAUUCUUUGAGGCGGAGGUGGAGAUGGAGAGGAAGAUUUGUCGAGACAUAGUUUGCACCUCACACAAAGACGAAGAAGGUUUUCUUCGAGACUUGUGCGAGUUGCUUCUGUAUCUGUUAUUACCUCCUGGUGAUUUCCACAAUAAGAGCAUGAGAUACUUCCUAAGGGAGGUGCUGGCGUACGGUGUGCUCCUUCCUCUGAUCAACCAGCUGAGUGAUCCAGACUACAUCAACCAGUUUGUCAUCUGGAUGAUUAGAGAUUCCAGUUGUAACUACGAAGCCUUCAUGAACAUCCUGAAGUUAACAGACAAACCUCCAGAGCUGGAGGCCGUUAAAGACAAGGUGGUGGAGGAGCUGCAGUACCUCCGCUCCCUGGAUACUGCUGGAGAUGACAUUAAUGUGAUCAAGAACCAGAUAAACAGUCUAAUGUUUGUGAAGAAGGUGUGUGAGACCAGAAUACAAAGACUACAGUCUGGAAAGGAGGUCGAUACAUUGAAGCUGGCAGCCAGCUUUGGCAAGUUGUGUGUUAUCCCGCUGGAUCACAUCCUGGUGCACAACAUCGCUCUGCAGUUCUUCAUGGACUUCAUGCAGGCUGCAGGAGCUCAGGCGGAGCUCUUCUUUUGGCUCACUGUUGAGGGGUACAGAGUGACGGCGCAGCAGCAGCUGAUGGUGAUGGAGGGCUGGCAGAAGGAGGAGAAGCAGCAGCCCGGCACCACAAAGGGACUCCUCAAGGCCGCUGCUUUGGGUGUUUACGAACAAUAUCUUUCAGACAAGGCGUCUCCCAGAGUACAGGUGGACCAGGCGUUUGUAACAAAACUGGGAGAGAAGCUACAAAAAGACGACCCCACACCUGAGAUAUUUGAUGAAAUUCAGAGAAAGGUGUAUGAAAUGAUGCUGCGCGACGAGCGCUUCUACCCAUCCUUCAAGCAGAGUCCUCUCUACGUCCGCAUGCUCGCAGAGCUGGACAUGCUGAAGGAGCCGAGCUACCGAGGAUCAGACGACGGGGAUGGAGAGUCCUUCAACGGCUCUCCAACAGGAAGCCUCAACCUGUCUCUGGACGACCUGACCAAUGUCUGCCAUGAUGAAUUUACUCAGCUACACGCCUACAUCUCUGACACAGGGGUCUGCAACGAUCAUGGUAAGACCUACGCACUUUAUACCAUCACCGUGCUCAGACGGAGCCAAGACGGCAGCGAGGACUGCUGGAAGACCUACAGACGCUACUCAGACUUCCACGACUUCCACAUGAGAAUCACGGAGCAGUUUGAGAGCUUGUCAUCGAUCCUCAAGCUGCCAGGGAAGAAAACCUUCAACAAUAUGGACAGAGAGUUCCUGGAGAAGAGAAAAAAGGACCUCAAUGCUUACCUUCAGCUGCUGCUAAACCCAGAAAUGGUGAAGGGCUGCCCAAGUCUGAUUCCACAUGUCUAUGACUUCCUGGAGAACAAGGCCUACAGCAAAGGCAAAGGAGAGUUUGCACGAAAGAUAGACACGUUUGUGAACCCUCUGCGGAGCUCCAUGAGGAACGUGUCCAACGCAGUGAAAGCCCUGCCGGACAGUCUGGCUGAGGGGAUGAACAACGUGGGCCGCAUGUCAGAAAGACUGGGCCAGGACAUCAAACAGUCCAUACUCAAGGUGCCUCCUCUCCUUCCUAAGUCUGACAUCGACCCAGAGCACUGUCGAGUGUCAGCCCAGCUCGAUGACAACGUGGAUGAUAACAUCCCUCUGCGGGUGAUGCUGCUGCUGAUGGACGAGGUGUUCGAUCUGAAGGAGAAGAACCAGUGGCUGCGCAGGAACAUUAAGAACCUGCUGCAGCAACUCAUCAGAGCUACUUAUGGAGACACGAUCAACAGAAAAAUUGUGGAUCAUGUGGACUACUUGACGUCACCUGAGCAGGUGGCAGACUACGUGAAGAAGUUCAGGGAUUCUUACUGGCCUAAUGGUAUUUUAGCUGAGACUCCACCACGACGGGACAAGUGCAUCCGCAUGAGGACACGAGUCGCUGCCAAGACGAGUCUGUUGGGCAUCAUGCCAGAUGAGCUGAAACACAUCAUUGGAGCAGAUACCACAAGAAAGGGCAUCCUGCGAGUCUUUGACAUGUUUCAGUACCAACCCAUGAACCGACGACUCGUCUACGUGUUCUUGGAGGGCUUCUUGGAGACCAUGUUCCCUCAGUACAAAUUCCCUGAGCUCUUUGUCAAGCUGCACUCCCGUUCACCUCGAAUCCACAAGUUCAGUCAGAAACUCAAAGGCUCCUCACUCAAGAGGUGACAGGAAAGGACAGCGGCAUCAGGACACGGGCCGACUGGACACGCAGAGACUUGAGAGCUAAAAGUGGAAGUGUUGGGGGUUGAUGUGAACAUUGAGGUGUGUGUGACUGCUGCCCACUCUCCUUUCACACACUUCUGUCAGUGGAAACACUUCAGACGAUCAUUUCCACCAAGAGCGAGCCGAAGGACGAGCAGCCGCACUCGCUCUGUGACAGACUAACACAAACCCUAUAAUUUGCACCAAGACUGAACAUGGCAGUCUUUUCUUUUACUUUCUGUAUUACCCCC